CAAGAGAAUCGCAGCUGUCUGGAGCGCCUACAUCAUGAGAUCUCUUAUAAAGCUUGUGGUCCUGUUCUUUGCCUCAGUGGGUGCUUCUUCUGCAGAGAGCAGAACACGUCACAAGAGAGCCUGGAUCAUAGACUCAUUCAGCAUUGAGGAAGAACAUCCCGGGCCUUUCCCGUACGUGCUUGGAAAAAUUCAUCUUGACCGCAAUUACCGGGUGGCAUUUAGACUCCAUGGAAGUGGAGUUGAUGAAGAUCCAAAGGACAUCCUGCAUAUCAAUGAAGACACUGGAAUCAUUUCUGUUAAGGGAAGAGUGGACUAUGAGCAGUAUCCAGUGUUGAGACUCACGUUUGAAGCCAGAAAUGUCUCCAAUUUGAAACUGGACACCAAGUUGGGUGUGGAGAUAAAUGUGCUGGACAUAAAUGACCACCCACCAAAAUUUCAGAUGGAUGUGUAUGAAACUUCAGUUGAAGAAUCAGACAUACAAGGAACAUCUGUAAUUACUGUGCUGGCCAUAGAUCAUGACAAACCAGAAACCUCAAAUUCAACGUUUGAUUACAGAAUUAUUUCUGUGACCCCCAAUGUACCAAAUGUAGAGUUCUUCAUUGAAGAUAAUGGAAGAAUCUCUUUCAGGGGGUGUUUGGAGUAUGAGAAAGCUGAUAAAUACUCCAUUGUGGUUGAAGCAAAAGAUCAUGGGGAAGCAGUUCGUCUCUCAAGCUCUUGCACCGUCAUUGUUCAUGUUCAGGACAAAAACAACCACAUGCCCACUAUCAGUGGUCGCACGGGGACAGGCAGAGUAAAAGAGGGGGAGUCUGGGAUAUCUCUUCUCCGACUGCAUGUCACAGAUAAAGACACAAAGAGCACCGCGGCAUGGAGAGCAAGAUACAUGAUAUACGGAGACACAGGAGAGCACUUUAAGAUUGACACUGACCCAGAAACUAAUGAUGGAAUCCUGACGGUCAUAAAGCCUCUGGACUUCGAGGAGGGUGCAGAGAGACACCUGUCAAUCAGUGUGGAGAACGAGGAGCCUUACUUCUCCUGCCAGGUGAAGAGGAAGACGUCCACGGGCCUGUGGAAGGUGACCAACAUCAAAGGCAACUCAGAAAAUAUGGCUGUUCCUGCACCUCUCUCUGUGAACAUCACCAUAACAGUGGAUGACAUCAACGACCCCCCAGAAUUCAAAUUCUCAGUGACGGAGGCUAUGGUAGAGGAAAACACUGACAUUGGAUACCCACUGGCGAACUGCAUCGCCGUUGAUCCAGAUGGCAUCUCCAUACAUGACUUGGUGUAUGUAAAGGGUGAUGACCCUGGAGACUGGGUGAAUGUGGACCCCAAAACCGGCCAAAUUACAACAGCUAAGAUACUGGACAGAGAAUCAGUCCAUGUGGUGAAUAACACCUACAUUGUAACCAUAUACGCUGUAGAUAAUGGUGAGCCUCCCAUGACUGGUACAGGGACGUUUACAAUCCACUUGACGGACCAGAAUGACAACCUGCCCCUGCUGGAGGUAAACAUACUGGACAUGUGUUUGUCGAAUGAAGCCACAGUGGCCUCCAUCAACGCGUAUGACCUGGAUGGAGCUCCAUAUGGCAGCCCUUUUAAAUUUGAGCUGCUUGGUGACGUGGAGGGAAAAUGGAGUCUUGACCCCAACUACGGGACCACUGUUAACCUGGUGAAGGAGAGCUUAGUUUACUCUGGACACCAUGAGCUGCAGCUGAAGAUCUACGACAUGCAGGGGCAGUCCUCAGUCCAGAACCUCUCUGUCACUGUGUGUGACUGUUCUAUCACUCCAAACUGUCUGCUCCGUGGAGCUACUGGCUCCCGACUUGGGGGUGGUGCUAUCGGGAUCAUGUUUGUGGCCUUGCUUGCGUUACUUGUUUUGCUGCUUUUGGCCCUUCUCCUGUCCUGUGAGAAAGAGAAAAUUGCCUUCCCGUUCUACCCUGCUUCAGGAGAUGCACUUCUCCCCUCAAACAUCGAAACACCUGGAACUGAUUGCAAGAUUCCUGAUGCAUUUCAAGAGUCCCAAGUGGACAAGGGCCAUGUAGAAAUAUCUAAAGGUCUUUAUGGGCACAAUGGUGUAUUUCAACAGACCCACAUCAGUCAGCAUGCUGGAAAUCAAAACUCAAGUUAUCAAGAUUUCUACCAAAACUUGGAGGGACAGUGUUGUGAUCUACAUGGUGGUAAUUCAACAUACAAGAGCAUGACUGUGCAUUCACAGAGCAAGAGCAACCACUAUAAGGGAUCGAUGCUGAGUAGUAAAUAUUCGGCCUCGCGUCACAACACUUUUUCCUCAAGAAAGGAAGCCCUUACAUCUUUGAUAUAUCAGAGGCUGGGUUCAAUCCAGGCACCUGGACAGGAGCUGUGUGAUUACGACCCCAAACAGUACGCUUAUGAGGGAGACUCAGAGUCGGAUCCAGAGCUGGACGCCAUCUCCAUUGACGGGAACAAGUUUGAUCCAAAUGAGCUUCGAGACCUGGACCCCAGAUUUCUUAAACUAGCCACUCUAUGCAGUCCCAGCCCAACACUGCAUUCGACAAACACCAGCACAUGUUAGGAGAAUGUACAGACCUGUGCAACCAGAGUAAGAGAACAGGUCCUGCUGUGGCUGUCCGUUAUUCCUGGGGGGGCUGAAAUGCAGGAGUCCACAGAGCAGCAUAGAUGCAACUGCUACUUACUGUUACUGAACCAUGGAAACCGGAACGGAAAAAAAAAAAACUUAACUAAAGGGUGGCAACAAACAAAGGAGGAAUUGGUUACAAAGGGGUGCAACAGAACACAUAGUGAGCCAUGGUCAUUUUCAUGGCAGCAAGGAAUGGAAAAAAAAACAAGAAACCCGACAAACUCACAUUACUUUGUGAU